AUGAUCCGGAUGAUCUCUGCGGCCGUCUGUUCCUCUUCGGCACCCACCACGAGCACCUCGGCUUCGUGGGCACGGAUCUUCAUUGAUAACUUCAUCACUCCUUCUUCACUUUACCGGCUCGCUAUCAUCUCCUGCGAGCCGCCACCGCCGCCGCCGCCAGCUCUCGAGCCCGUCCAGUUGCCUGCUCGCACGAAUGUUGGACGCCUUCUCUCACCGCCCUCCUCUGCCUUUCGCCUCUUCGCUUUCGCUCCCGCCGCCCGCCGCCUGUGGCGCGGCAUCCGACGAACCCUCCUCGUCUACACGACGACUUCGCCCGAGCCCAUCAUCUCCGACGCCUUCGCCGCGGACACCGACGACGCCUCCAGCGACCCCGUUUGCGGCUCCGUCUUCGACGCCCUCGACACCACCCUCAUCGGUCCCGAGGAGCGCCACAAGCUUCCUGUUACGUUUUCCGCCCCGGCAGCGACCGCUGUGAGUGCGCUGCAUGUCGCCUCAAUCGUCGCCGCAAAGGAUCGCGAGAUCGCGAGUAAACUCUCACAGGAAAAGCCUGUCUCGGAUAGUUCAGGAAACUAUCACGCCAUUUAA